AUGCUGAAGCACGCUCAAUGGCUGCAGAGAAAAAUUUGUCUUGCAGAGGAAACACCAGAGCCUGUCUAUGACCUUUCAAACUGCUUGUUGCGCACCAUACCUCCAGGAACAUACGCCAAGUGCAAAGUGCUCCGCAAGCUGCAGCUUCUUUUGCAGGAUAACCUGCUAACAUCGCUAGAGUCAGGUGGUCAGCUCUCCGAUCUGCACUUGCUGCAGGUGCUCCACUUGGAGUUCAACUGCCUGAUCCACCUGCCCCACAGCAUUUCAUCCCUUGCCAGCCUCCAGGUGCUCGACCUAUCCAACAAUGCACUGAAGGAACUGCCGGCGUCGAUCGGCGAGCUGCACCGGCUACGGCGGCUUCUCUGCCGCGGCAACGGCCUGCGCAGCUUGCCGGCGGCGGUGGGCCGACUGCCGCGGCUGGCCACGCUUGAUCUGCGCAACAACCAGCUCCACGAGCUGGCACCCCUCGCCAAUAUCAGUCGGAUGGAAGAGGUCCGCUUGGAGGACAAUAAGGCGCUGUUGUGCCCGCCGCCAGAGGUGGUGAGCGCAGGCUCGGACGCCGUGAUCACGUACCUCUGCCGCGAGGCCCGUGUGCGGCAUACGGGACCCGCCGCCGAGGACGAGGAGGACAGCGUGGCGCCCACCGUAUCGCGCUCCGUCCCAGACAGCCUGGACGCCGUGAAGGACGAGAUCCAUCGGUAUGAUCAACUGAAGGAGAGCCGGCGUCUGGAGAUGCUCCAGAUCGAGCAGCAGCUGUCCAUGUCCAAGUCGCAGGAGGGCCGCGAGCUCAGCAAGCAGGAGGAGUUUAAGAAACAGCUGCUGGACGAGCUGGUUGAGGAGCAGGCGCGACUGGACGGCCGAACGUGGCGCGCGUCGCCGAACAGCCUCGAGCAGCUGGUGAUCGUGCGUCAGGAGGAGUGCGACGCGCUGCGCGAACACGAGGUGAUGGAGUCAAUGCAGCAGCUGAUGCGCGAGUCUCUGGCUAUGCAGAACCAGCUGCAGGAGUACCAGGAGGGACGCGACCGCGCCCUGCAGCAGGCCCUCUCGCAGGACCAGCAAACUGACGCGCAGCUGAGGCGGCUGCUGGAGGUGAAGGGCUCUGAGCAGGAGGCACGGAUCCAGCAGCUGCUGAAGGAUGAGGCGUUCCAGCGGCAGGCCUUCUUCAACCUCUAUCUUCAGCAGUCCGAUGUAUAG